AUGUCUUUGAAAGCUCAGGUCAAAGGAUCGGAUCCGGAAAAAGUCGUUGAGGUGGAUGUCGACAAGGAGUCGUCCUUAAACGACAAAAUUUGGUUCAGUGGGUUGACCAGGACUCUCUUGACAUGGGGUGUCGAAUCGAGAGGGAUCGCUCCUGUGCCCUUGGACGAAAGAGUGGGGCACCCCUUUUCCAAAAUAUUUUUUGUGUGGUUUUCGAUGAACUUCAACAUCCUUUCAUUCUCCGCCGGCACCCUUGGUCCAGUCGUUUAUGGGUUGGGUCUCCGCGACUCAUGUCUCACUAUCCUGUUUUUCAACUUACUAUGCUGUUUCCCUCCCGCUUACAUUGGAACUUGGGGUCCUAAAUUGGGCAUGCGACAGAUGAUUAUCACUCGCUAUUCGUUUGGUUACUAUGGUGUUAUCGUACCAUGUAUCAUGAACCUGAUAGGCAUGAUCGGGUUCUCUAUCUUGAACUGCAUAUUAGGAGGGCAGGCGCUAGCGAGUGUCUCGAGCCACAACUUGAGUUGGACUGUUGGCAUCGUUGUGAUUGCCAUUAUAUCCUUGUUGGUGUCCUUCUGUGGUUAUACCGUACUAAAUUGGUAUGAACGAGUGGCAUGGAUCCCAGUCUUAAUCACGUAUAUCAUCACGAUGGGCGUUGGUGGAAAACACUUGUCAAACCCACCACCACCCACUCCUGUUACUGCUUCCGCUGUUCUCAGCUUUGCAUCGACACUGGCGGGUUUCGCUGUGACAUAUUCAAGCCUUAGCUCAGAUUUUACCAGUUAUUUCCCGCCUAAGACUUCAACAUGGAAGCUUUUUCUCUCGGCAUACCUGGGUUUCUUGAUACCGAUAGUUUCUAUUCAGUGCCUAGGUGCAGCUGUCGUAUCUUCGGUCUCCAACGUGCCUCACUGGGAAGAAGGAUACGCAGGCGGUAACGUGGGAGGUUUGCUGCAAGCCAUCCUCAGCCCCGUGGGUAACUUCUCAAAAUUCCUUACCCUCUUAUUGAGUCUUUCUGUGGCGGCGAACAUCGCUGCUACAUUCUAUUCAAUAUCCAUCAACAUCCAAGUAUUCAUUCCGGCCCUCAUUGUUGUACCGAGAUAUGUUUUCUCACUUGUGGCGACAGCUAUGUGA